GUCCGGUACUUUUGGUGCUUCAUGCUGCAGGCUCCGGCGGCUCCGGGGCUGAGGGAGACUCUAGUGCUCCGUGUGCUGCCAGGAGCCGUGAGGACAGCGGGGCGAGCUGGGAAUCCGCCAGGAGGACAGAAGGGGGCAUCAGAUCCCCUGCAACAGCAUCUAUGGAUGAUUGCGUGCCACCAUGUUAGUGUUGGGAACCAAACGCAGGACUUCUGCAAGAGUAACAAGUGGUAGUUACUGCUGAGUCAUCUCUCCAGUCCUAACCUUGACACAUUUUCAAAACUUUCUGUGUGUGUUUGCACAAGUACAUGCUGAAAGCCAGUGUUUUAGAGUGGAGGUUUGCUGAAUGAUCUGCCUUUGGAGUUUGGGAGGUGACUCAGAAGGUGUGCUGAUCAGAUUUGGUCAGCUUAACACAAGCUAGAUUUAGACUGGCCUGUUGCCAAAUCUAUAGGGAAUAAACAUCUGCUCUUUCCAGGCUGUGUUUCCUGGCAGCAUUUCCCUUGCCCAGCCCAGGGGUAGUGUUUUUACUUUUUAUUUUUUUUUUAAGAGAAGGGUGGGCUUUAGAGAUCACUGGUUGAAAAGAGAUGCAAACUAUGAAAGAGAAAGUAGUGGAACUUCUCUUUUCCUUUUGGUUCAGCCCAGGAGAAGUUUUCUCCUUCCCUGGAACUACUUAGAGCAGGCACAAAAAUGGUGGGAAUGCUCACCCGGGGGGAACUAUUUUCCCCACCCUGUGUGCAUUUUUCUUAGAUGGCUGUGAGGUUCAGUUCAGGUCUAGCCUAGAGGCCUGGCACCUUCUCCCUCUUCACAGGGACCAACACUGAAUGUGAGCAGGAGUCAAGCAACACUACAAGGAAGUGCUUGUGCUCCUAGACUGGGUCAAGUGGAGGGUAGUUUUUUUUUCAUCUUUGGGUGACUUGGUAGAGUCAGGAGGGGAGCACAGGACCUGCGUGGAGGAGGGUUUCACAGCAGAGAAAGCCACUGAUCAAUAUAGGGAAACAAAACUGAUAGGUACACAUAGGAAGACAUGUAAAUACACAUACACAGAGAGACAGACAUACAAUAAAAACAACCAGGAUAGCCAUCACAUAUAUAUUCAUACACCUGAAGAGACAGUGACAUAUACAUGGUUCCCAGACAGUGGAUCAUCUGACCUCUGCUGUGUCCAAACAGAAGACACCUCAACAAGACUUAACUUCUGAAAGUGACAUAACAGUCUCACCAUUUCAAUUAUGAACAUCUAUGGGAUACUUUAGGGCGAGGUGACCUAUGAGGAUGUGCAUGUGAACUUCACUCAUGAAGAAUGGGCUUUGCUGGAUCCUUCCCAGAAGAAUCUCUAUAAAGAUGUGAUGUUGGAAACCUGCUGGAGCCUCACUUCCAUAGGCUACAAAUGGGGAGGCCACAAUAUUGAAGAACAUUGCCAGAGGUCCAGAAGAAAUGGAAGGACAUGGUGACCUAUGAGGAUGUGCAUGUGAACUUCACUCAUGAAGAGUGGGCUUUGCUGGAUCCUUCCCAGAAGAAUCUCUACAAAGAUGUGAUGCUGGAAAUUUCCUGGAGCCUCACUUCCAUAGGGUACAAAUGGGAAGACCACAAUAUUGAAGACUAUUCCCAACAUUCUAGAAGACAUGGAAGAAAAAAUGAGCGGUUUGUAGUAGUCCCCAACAUGAGAAGACAUGAUGACUGUGGCACAAAUUUACAGUUAAGUGGUUUUCCAACUUCAGUGGGAACACAUCAACAAACUCUUGAUGGAGAAAAGCCUUAUGAGUACAGGGAAUAUGGAAAUUUGACUGUUCUGGUUCACUUUGCACACGUAGUGUGUCUCACAGUAUAAGAAAAUGUUACACAUGGAAUCUGUGUGGUAAAACUUUGAGUUCUCUUCAAAGACGUGAAAAAACUCAUAUUGGAAGAGAAAGUAACAAGUGUGAGCCAUCUACUAAAGGGUUUAGCACUCAUAGGUAUCCUCAAACACACAACACAACCAGUAAUGAAGAGGAUCUUGAUGAAUGCAAUCAAUGAGAUAAAGCCUUUGUAUGUUCCAGUGAUCUUCAAAUACAAAAAAGAAGUAAUUCUGGAGAGGAAUCCUAUGGAUGUAAUCAAUGUGGUAAAGCCUUUGCCUAUAAAAGCCUUCUUCAAAUACAUAAAAGAAUUCAUACUGGAGAGAAAUUCUGUGGCUGUAAUUACUGUGGUAAAACCUUUGCAUAUAAAAGUAAUCUUCAAUUACAUGAAAGAAUUAAUACUGGAGAGAAACCCUAUGGAUGUAAUCACUGUGGUAAAGCCUUUGUAUGCAAAAGUGAUCUUCAAAGACAUGCAAGAAUUCAUACUGGAGAGAAACCUUAUGAAUGUAAUCAAUGUGGUAAAGCCUUUGCACAGAACAGUUAUCUUCAAAAACAUGAAAGAAGUCACAGUGGAGAGAAACCUUAUGAAUGUAGUCAAUGUGGUAAAGCCUUUGCACAUAACAGUCAUCUUCACAGGCAUGAAAGAAUUCAUACUGGAGAGAAACCCUAUGAAUGUAGUCAAUGUUGUAAAGCUUUUGCAUGUAACAGUAAUCUUCACAGGCAUGAAAGAAGUCAUACUGGAGAGAAACCCUAUGAAUGUAAUCAAUGUGGUAAAGUCUUUGCAUACAAAUGUCAUUUUCAGAGGCAUGAAAGAAGUCAUACUGGAUAGACACCCUGUGGAUAUAAUCAAUGUAGUAGAGACAUUUCAUGUAACAAUCACCUUCAAAUAAAUGAAAGAACUCAAACUGUAGAAAAACCCUAUGAACGUAGUCAAUGAAUAUAAAAUUAUAUUCACUGUCAUAAAGGAAUGACUAGAGAAAAAGCCCUAUGAAAGUAAUGAGUGUGGUAAAGUCUUUAUAUGUUGCAGUAAUCAUCAAAAACAUGAAAAAAUUCAUACUGAUGAAUAUUCCCAUGAACCUAAUAAAUGAGCUUUGCAGUCCACAUACAUUUUUACCCCUGAGCUAUCUCAUCAUUUCGUGAGUAGUAUUAGUAGAUCUAUUGUUAAAAUAUUGUCUCCUUUUCAAGUUGUAAAGAUAUUGUAUUCCAAGAAUAUAGAAACACAUGAUCAUUUUAAUAGUAAAAUGUAUUUUCAAAUGAAA